AUUUGGUACACAUACUCCCACGACUAAGUUAGUCCGAGAAAAAUGUUUGCCUUACGUGCUGCCUCCAAAGCUGAUAAGAAUUUGCUGCCAUUUUUGGGGCAAUUGUCUCGUGGCCAUGCUGCCAAGGCUGCUAAGGCUGCGGCCGCCGCCAACGGAAAGAUUGUGGCCGUAAUUGGUGCUGUCGUCGACGUGCAGUUUGAAGAUAACUUGCCGCCGAUCCUGAACGCUCUGGAAGUCGACAACCGGUCUCCACGGCUUGUGCUGGAAGUGGCCCAGCACUUGGGUGAGAACACCGUGCGCACCAUUGCUAUGGACGGUACUGAGGGCUUGGUUCGCGGACAGAAGGUUCUCGACACUGGGUACCCCAUCCGUAUUCCAGUUGGUGCCGAAACCUUGGGGCGCAUUAUUAACGUUAUUGGCGAGCCCAUCGAUGAGCGCGGGCCAAUUGAUACCGAUAAAACGGCUGCCAUUCACGCUGAGGCUCCUGAAUUCGUUGAGAUGUCCGUGGAGCAGGAGAUUCUUGUCACUGGAAUCAAAGUCGUCGACCUCCUGGCUCCCUAUGCCAAGGGUGGUAAAAUUGGCUUGUUCGGCGGUGCCGGCGUCGGCAAAACUGUGUUGAUUAUGGAGCUGAUUAAUAACGUGGCUAAGGCUCACGGUGGAUACUCUGUUUUCGCGGGAGUCGGCGAGCGCACCCGCGAGGGAAACGACUUGUACAAUGAGAUGAUUGAGGGUGGUGUGAUUUCGCUUAAAGACAAAACGUCCAAGGUAGCUCUGGUCUACGGCCAGAUGAACGAGCCCCCAGGUGCUCGUGCCCGUGUUGCCCUGACUGGACUGACCGUUGCCGAGUAUUUCCGUGAUCAGGAAGGACAGGAUGUCUUGCUUUUCAUUGACAACAUUUUCCGAUUCACUCAGGCUGGCUCAGAGGUGUCCGCGUUGUUGGGCCGUAUUCCCUCCGCUGUCGGUUACCAACCAACUUUGGCCACUGACAUGGGUUCUAUGCAGGAACGUAUUACCACAACCAAAAAGGGAUCGAUUACCUCGGUCCAGGCUAUCUAUGUGCCCGCUGAUGAUUUGACAGAUCCUGCUCCAGCCACAACUUUCGCUCACUUGGACGCAACCACUGUAUUGUCGCGUGCGAUUGCCGAACUGGGAAUUUACCCCGCAGUGGAUCCCCUGGAUUCCACUUCUCGAAUCAUGGACCCUAACAUCAUCGGACAGGAGCACUACAACGUUGCUCGUGGUGUGCAGAAAAUCCUGCAGGAUUACAAGUCCCUUCAGGAUAUCAUUGCCAUUCUGGGCAUGGAUGAGUUGUCGGAGGAAGAUAAGCUCACCGUUGCACGCGCUCGCAAGAUUCAGCGUUUCUUGUCGCAGCCAUUCCAAGUUGCUGAAGUCUUCACUGGGCAUGCUGGUAAACUCGUUCCGCUCGAACAAACCAUUAAGGGUUUCCAACAGAUUCUGUCUGGGGAGUAUGACCAUCUGCCUGAAGUUGCUUUCUACAUGGUCGGCCCAAUUGAAGAAGUGGUCGAAAAGGCUGACCGUCUAGCAAAGGAAGCUGCCUAAGUAAUUACCCCGGCAAAUCUUCAAAGUGGUAUUACCAGUUAAUAAUCAAUUUAAUAUUCAUUGAAUUGUAAUUUACUCUGUAACAUCAAUUUGGAAUUUAAUACACGAGAAGAACUCAAUAAAACCUAUUUAAACCUUAA